AUAUAUAUACAUUGUAUGUAAAAAUGGCUGAUUUUGGAUUUGCAAACUUUGGAGAUGAUGAUGAAAAUGAAGAGGAAACAGGAUUUGAUUUCCUGACAAGAGCUCAAAGAGAUGGUUUAAUCUUCUUGGUUGACUGCUCAAAGUCUAUGUUUGAUAAAGAAGAUAUAGAUAAUGAAGAGGAGGAAUCCCAUUUCCAACUUUGUCUGAGGUGUGCCAAGACAACGCUUCAGAACAAGAUCAUCAGCAGUGACAAAGAUCUUGUAGGAAUAGUCUUCUUUGGAACUGAAAAAUCCCAAAAUCCCAGUGAUUUCAAACACAUCUAUGUAUACCAGGGAUUAGAGCAGCCAGGAGCAGAAAGGAUUUUGGAAUUGGAGAAUAUAAUUGAUGAUGGAAUGAAAACAUUUGACAAGGACUUUGGACACAAUACAGCAUAUUCCCUGAAUGAUGCAUUAUGGACCUGUCAGAAUAUGUUUGCCAACAGUCCACAAAAGGUUUCCUACAAGCGGAUCUUGUUGUUCACCAAUAACGAUAACCCCCACGCUGGCUCACCACAGCUUCAGCGACAAGCGAAGACAAAGGCCAGUGAUUUGAAUGAGACAGGAAUAGAUCUGGAGUUGAUGCAUCUUCAGAAGCCAAACGAAAGCUUUAACGUCAGCAAAUUUUACAAGGAUUUACUGUACACUGCCGAUGAUGACUUCACAGAAAUGGCUGACCCAGCAGAAAGACUUGAAGAACUACUUACCAGGGUACGUUCAAAGGACCACAAGAAGAGGGCACUGAGGAGGAUCCCACUUUCUCUGGGGCCAGGGCUGGAUUUAGGGGUUGGAGUGUACACACUAGUCCGUCCUUGUUAUAAACCAUCGGCUGUGAAGCUAUACAGAAACACAAAUGAAGAACUCAAAACUCACUCAAAGACAUAUUUACAGGAAACUGGUGAAGUACUGAUGCCCCAGGACCUGAAGAAGGCACAGACUUACGGAGGAAAGAGAAUCAGUUUUGAAAAUGAUGAACUGAACCAGAUAAAAAAUUUUGGAGAAACUGGAUUUCAACUGAUGGGUUUCAAACCUUCGAGUCUUCUGAAAAAAUAUUACCAUGUCAAGCCAGCACAAUUUAUUUAUCCUGAUGAAACUACCAUCACGGGCAGCACCACACUGUUUACAGCUCUUCUCAAGAAAUCACUAGAAAGGGAUGUAACUCCAAUCUGCAAAUACAUCAGUGGCAAAAAUUUUCCUCCACGCUUUGUAGCAUUAGUGCCUCAGGAUGAGGAGUUUGAUGAACACAACGUCCAGAUUUCACCUCCAGGCUUCCAUGUGAUUUACCUCCCUUAUGCUGACGAUUUCAGAAAAGUCAAAUUUGAGGAACAACCCAAAGCUGAUGCUGGUCAGGUGGAGAAGGCAAAGGAGAUGAUAAAGAAGAUGAAGUUUACAUUUAACAGUGAGAACUUUGAGAACCCGUCCCUACAGAAGUACUGGAGGAAUAUCGAGGCUUUAGCCCUGGACAGAGCGGCCCCAGAGGAAGUGGAGGACUUUACUUUGCCUGACGAAGAGAGAAUGAAAAAGAAAGCAGGGGAAGCAAUCCAGAACUUUAAGGACAUAGUGUUCCCAAGUGGAUAUGAACCAGGGGCCAAAAAGAGGAAGGCAGGUGGAGCUGCGGGCACUGCUGCUGCUAAGAAAUCUAAAACUGCCGAGGCCUCCGUGUCCAUCGAUGUCAAAAAAGAGGCUGAGGCGGGAAGGCUUGGAAAGUUGACAGUGGCAGUUUUGAAAGAGAUUGUGAAAAAAGAGGGAAUUUCUGCCUCCGGCACAAGGAAAGCAGACCUUAUAGAUGCCAUCAAUGAUCAUUUUGGCUGUUAAUCAACAACUGGACCAUCCAUUUAAUCAUUUGCUGAGGUUGUUUUUUCACACAUGGAGAUACAUCAUGCAGGAAACUUCAUAAUCACACUUCAUUAUUGACUUGACAAUGUGUAAGAGAACAUUUUGUUGUGCAAGAGAAGUAAAAGUAACUUAUGUAGCUAUUUAGUUGUAUCCACAAGUUUUGAGUUGAUACACAAUAAACAUGUUAAAGUGAU